AUGGAGAGCCCUCGACAGUCCGAUGCAAGCACUCCGGUGGAGCCCAACUCCCCGGGCUUCGUGGAUACGCCAGCGACGCAGUCAUCCGUCUUGUUUGAUGGCAAUCUCGAGGAGUUGCUGCGCAACUUCCCCCUCGAUCAGUACAUCCUCGUUACAGGGGGUCUCGGGUUCAUCGGAAGUCACACAACAUUGGAGCUACUCAAAGCCAAUUAUAAUGUAAUCGUGAUCGACAAUCUCAGCAACUCCUUCCAGAGCGUCUUCGACCGCAUCAAGCUGCUGGCGUCCAAGCAUCAUGAGCAACAAGGAACAUGCAUGCCUUCCUUGCAGCUGCACGCUCAUGAUUUCCGGGAUACUGUGGCUCUCCGAGAGCUUCUCGAUCAGUACCAAACCCAAUCCAGAUGGGGUUCCCCCAAGUCCAAAAUCGCCGGUGUCAUCCAUUUCGCUGCUUACAAAGCAGUUGAAGAAAGCAUCAGGAACCCUCUGAAAUACUAUGCAAACAAUGUCAGUGGCCUCAUCGACUUUGCUACCACCUUGGGUGACUAUGGCAUCAAAACCUUUAUCUUCUCAUCCUCUGCCACCGUGUAUGGUACCUUGGCCACCUCCGGCCUGCCGCUGAAAGAGGAACUUUGCGUUCACAAAGACGAGACCUUCACGGACCACAACGGAUCCGAGCAACUUGUCCAGGCCGGCUGCACAGGCAUCACCAACCCUUACGGCCGCACUAAAUGGAUCUGCGAGGCCAUCUUAGCAGACCUCGCGGCCUCCGAUCCAGAAUGGACCAUUGUCGCUCUCCGGUAUUUCAACCCAAUUGGAUGCGAUGAGUCAGGUCUCCUUGGCGAGGAUCCCCGCCAAAUACCCACCAAUCUCCUGCCGGUGGUUGUCAAAGUCAUGACCGGGCAAUAUGCGGAACUGCAAAUGUUCGGCACAGACUGGGACACUGAGGACGGCACCGCCGUCCGCGACUUCAUCCACGUUACCGAUCUCGCCCGAGGGCACAUCGCUGCCCUCAGUGCCGCCAAUGGAGGCAAGUUGGCUGAGAAUUUCCGCACCUUCAACCUCGGCACAGGACGCGGUCAUUCUGUGAUGGAGGUGGUGAACACCAUGGAAAGCGUGUCUUCCAAGCCCAUUCCCCGGAAAGCGGCUGGACGUCGUGCUGGUGAUGUUGGUUCGUGCGUUGCAGUGGCCACUAGGUCACAGAACGAGCUCGAGUGGAAAACUGAGAAGACGCUGAAAGAUGCGUGUGUGAGCUUGUGUAAUUUCCUUGAUGUCAGUGGCCUCUCUGCAUAG